AAUGUUUAAUUUUCUUUGCUGGGUGUUCGUGAGUGCUCAGUAUUACUGUAGAUAAGGGAACGUUUUAGAAACAUAAACGUGAGCCUCACUGUAGGUGGAUACUUUUUUUUUUUUAAUGUGGAGUUACACUCCUAAAAACCAGUGAGGUUUUAACAAAGAAAUGGGUGUUAUAGCUUCUGUGAAUUAAAAGUUCAAAAUCCUUAAGAGUAUAAUAAUAAAGCUCUAAGGAAGCCGCUGUAUGUAUGUGGGAGGAAGGCAUGUCAGGGAUUGUCCAGGUACCUUCAGAUGGGGAGCAAGAACGCUUAAAGCUGCUGCUUUGUAGAUUUCCAAGAAUAACUUGGCAGCCAAAAAGCUCUUAAAUGCUUGUGUAUAUCCCAUAGAGAUGCCAAGAGGGACAGCUGUUUUGUAGCUCUGCAAAUAGUGAAGAUGCAACAGCCUGAGGCUGCCUAAAAAAUGCAGGCUACACCCACAGCAUGUAGAAAUGUACAUGCACAAGUUGCACUAGCAGUAACAAAGAUUGCCUGUGAUUAAGUACUGCAAAAAUAUGUCAGUGGAAAAUACAAUGGCGGGAUACAAUGAACAUAGAAGCCCAUUUAAAAAAAGAUCUCAGUGCUGGUAUAAUCUUGGGUAUUUUGUGGUUGCAAAAGCAAUAGCAUGUAAUUCCAUGUGCUACCGAGCUUGAGCCAGUUCAUGAUAUUUCACUGUAGCUGAGGUUUCUGCCCUAUGGAAGGAAAAGAGACAUAGUUUGUUUGCUUAUCAAUACACCGAAGAAAACUGAGGACUGCAUUUGAAAAAUCUCCACCUUAUUUUCCAAAGGUCACAGCAGCCAAAUGCAAAACAAAGAAAGUGUUGGUGAAUAGAUCACCCAUUAGCUCACAUCUGCAAAAUUCUGCUCGUUUUGCUAUAAUUUUAACAUUAUAGCACAGUGUGGUGCUAGGACCAAUAAACCAUCAAUCUGAUAUUACUUGUCUCACUCGUUGGUCCACUCCUCUCCCUUUCACAGCAUCAAUGAAUAGUUGAAGUGGGGAGGUAUGCCUUGAGAUCAUCCAGUCCAGUGCAGGGUCAGCUACAGUAGACUGACCAGGACGGAUUAGUACCCAAAGUUCUGGAUAUCUCCAAGGAUACCAUCCAGCAAGUACCAGUGUCUGACAUCAAAAGUUUUUCCUGUGUUUACAUUUAGUUUCUGAUAUUCCAGGUUGUGCGCAUUGCCUCUCCUCCUGUCAUUGGGUGCUGCUGACAAGAGCCAGGCUCUUUGUGGCUUCCCUUCAAGUAUUUAUGAGAUUUUUGGUAGAGUUGGUUUUAUGAUGGCUGUCCUCCAAUUUCUGCUUGUUUUAAGAGUCAGAACCACAGAACGAUGAUUCUUGUGCUUCAGGUGUCAAAACGUAGCUCAGCAGGCCUGAGCUAGAAAUACAGGCUGGAAGGCGCUGCUAAAAAGCAGCAGCGCACGCUCUGCUGUUGCAGAGGACAAGCAAAGGCACGAACCCAGCAGGUGCAGAAGCAGCUCGGCGUAAAUCCUUUGCAACUCCUGAGUUCCAGCUGUCCCCCGCCUUGCCCCGUCCCGCGGACGCUUCCAGGCGCCGAGGGGCGGCUCAGCCGUCCGCCCUGAGCUGUCGGACCCGCGGCGGGAGACAAUGCCGCCCCGCUCCCGCGCGCCCAUUGGCUGCUCGCCGCCGCCGCGUGACGUCACCGAGAGGCGGCGCGCAGCGCCCAAUUUAAGGCGCGGAGCGGGGCGCGGCCGCUGCAGCGCGGAGUGCGGGAGGUGACGGAGCGCGUGCGGCGCGGUAGCGGCAUCAUGCGUGAGAUCGUGCACAUCCAGGCCGGGCAGUGCGGCAACCAGAUCGGCGCCAAGUUCUGGGAGGUCAUCAGCGAUGAGCAUGGGAUUGACCCCACUGGCAGCUACCAUGGGGACAGCGACCUGCAGCUGGAGAGGAUCAACGUGUACUACAAUGAAGCUGCUGGUAACAAGUACGUCCCCCGUGCCAUCCUGGUUGACCUGGAGCCCGGCACGAUGGACUCGGUGCGCUCCGGCCCCUUUGGACAGAUCUUCCGACCCGACAACUUUGUCUUUGGUCAGAGCGGGGCCGGCAACAACUGGGCCAAGGGGCACUACACCGAAGGCGCUGAGCUGGUGGACUCCGUGCUGGACGUGGUGAGGAAGGAGUCGGAAAGCUGCGACUGCCUGCAGGGCUUCCAGUUGACCCACUCGCUGGGCGGCGGCACCGGCUCGGGGAUGGGCACCCUGCUCAUCAGCAAGAUCCGGGAGGAGUACCCCGACCGCAUCAUGAACACGUUCAGCGUCAUGCCCUCUCCCAAGGUGUCGGACACGGUGGUGGAGCCCUACAAUGCCACCCUUUCUGUGCACCAGCUGGUGGAGAACACGGAUGAGACCUACUGCAUCGACAACGAGGCCCUGUACGACAUCUGCUUCCGCACCCUGAAGCUCACCACUCCCACGUACGGGGACCUCAACCACCUGGUGUCGGCCACCAUGAGCGGCGUGACCACCUGCCUUCGCUUCCCCGGCCAGCUGAACGCCGACCUGCGCAAGCUGGCGGUCAACAUGGUGCCUUUCCCCCGGCUGCACUUCUUCAUGCCGGGCUUCGCCCCGCUGACGAGCCGCGGCAGCCAGCAGUACCGAGCCCUGACGGUGCCCGAGCUGACGCAGCAGAUGUUCGACUCCAAGAACAUGAUGGCCGCCUGCGACCCCCGCCACGGCCGCUACCUGACGGUGGCUGCCAUCUUCCGAGGCCGCAUGUCCAUGAAGGAGGUGGACGAGCAGAUGCUCAACGUGCAGAACAAGAACAGCAGCUACUUUGUGGAGUGGAUCCCCAACAACGUGAAGACGGCCGUCUGCGACAUCCCCCCACGUGGGCUCAAGAUGUCCGCCACCUUCAUAGGGAACAGCACGGCCAUCCAGGAGCUCUUCAAGAGGAUCUCGGAGCAGUUCACGGCCAUGUUCCGGCGCAAGGCCUUCCUGCACUGGUACACGGGCGAGGGCAUGGAUGAGAUGGAGUUCACGGAGGCGGAGAGCAACAUGAAUGACCUGGUCUCGGAGUACCAGCAAUACCAGGAUGCCACUGCUGAUGAGCAGGGUGAAUUUGAAGAGGAAGGAGAGGAGGAUGAGGCUUAAGUUCCCUCUUAUCAGAAGAACCUCUCUAAAGCUGGCAUGUGUAUGGAAUGACUUUUGAUAGUAGUGGUAAAGCAUGUUCUUUAGAUGCUGUGUACCCGAUUAUCCUCUUUGCACUUGUAACUUUGACAGAUUUUAUCAGUGUAACAGUUCUGAAUCCCAAGUUAUUACAAUGGUUUUUUUGUCCUUUAUAAUGUUAAGAGCACAUAAAGGCAUGCAUUCUAGAUUA